AUGGAUAAAAGUUGGAUGAAGAAGAAGAGGGGUGACAGGGAAUGCGUUGAAGGUGUACUUAGCUUUGUGAAAUUUGUAUCUUUACAUGCACGUGGUGGGAAGAUCUUAUGUCCUUGUACCAAAUGUGUGAAAUUGAAUUUAGUAUCGCCUGGGGUGGCACAGGCCCAUCUGUGGACUAACGGGAUGCUUGGAAGUUACACACAUUGGAAAUUUCAAGGGGAAUCGGCGGCUGGGCCAACGACCCCCGAAUGUGGGAGUAGUCAUGUGCAAGACUCCCAUGAACAAUACAGUGACUUUUGUGGGAUGUUGCAUGAUUUGUGCCCCACGCAUGAAAUGGCAGUUGAACUAAUGGGAGAAGGUGAAACUGCGCAACAACCGGCUGAAGGUCUGAAUGAUGGUGCAAAAUUUUUUUACAAAAUGAUAGAUGAUGUCGACAAACCUUUAUAUGUUGGUUGUACAAAAUUUAGCAUAAUCUCAGCCAUCAUUGUGCUGUUCCAGUUGAAGACUCUUUGUGGUUGGACGAACAAGUCAUUUACUAUGUUGCUUCAAGUCCUAAUAGAUAUGCUUCCUUCAGAUGCUAAGUUGCCAAAGGACCAUUAUGAGGCUAAGAAGAUAGUCCAAGAUUUGGGUUUGGGUUAUGAGAAGAUCCAUGCUUGUCCGGAUGAUUGUAUGUUAUUUUGGAAGGAGAAUGUUAACCUCGAGGCGUGUCCUUGCUACAAAAAAAGUAGGUGGAAAAUGAAUGAGGCAUCCGCUACAGGUAAUAAUGCCUCAUCCAGUAAAGGAAAGAAGAAAGCUGCAAAGAUCCUACGAUGGUUCCCCUUAAAGCUAAGAUUGCAGCGACUGUUUUUGUCACCUGACCUAGCUAGUUUUAUGAAAUGGCAUGUUAAUGGUCAUACAAAUGACGGGACCAUGCGGCAUCCUGCUGACUCGGAUGCAUGA